AUGUUAUUUUAUCUUACCACCUUGAAUUUGGCAAGAUUUUUGCAAGAAGAUGCUCCAUCUCUUAGUGAGAAUGAAAAUGAUGCACGAGUUGUUGUAGCGGUGGAUGCAUGGAAACAUGCAGAUUUUCUCUACAAGAACUAUAUCAUCAAUGGUGUGGAUAACACAUUAUACAAUGUGUAUAGUCCAAUCAAGACUGUAAAAGCUUUGUGGAAUUCGCUUGAUAGCAAAUAUAAAACGGAAGAUGCCGGAACAAAGAAAUUUGUUAUCGGUCGCUUCCUUGAUUUUAAGAUGGCGGAUUCCAAAACAGUAAUCAAUCAAGUCCAAGAACUUCAAGUUGUCUUGCAUAAAAUUCAUGUAGAAGGAAUGUCUCUGAGCAAAUCUUUUCAAGUGGCGGCUAUUAUUGAAAAAUUACCGCCGACUUGGUGGAAUUUCAAAAACUAUCUAAAACACAAAUGCAAAGAGAUGUCACUAGAGGAUUUGAUUGUUCGAUUGCGGAUUGAAGAGGAUAAUCGUGGUUUUGAAAAGAAAAAUGGACAUCGUCUCAUGGAAUCCAAGGCAUACAUUGUGGAAUAUAAGCCAAAGUUCAACAAUAAGAAAAUGAAGCAUCUCAGAGUAAGCUCCAAGCAAAGUGCUAAGAGUGGAGAUAGUCAGAAUUUUAAUGGCAAGUGCUUUGUGUGUGACAAAAUGGGACAUCGUGCUAAGGAUUGUCACAAAAUAAGGACUCAAGGAAACUAUAAGAAGAAACCCACUCAAGCUAACCUAAUCGAAGAAGAGAGUCUUUGUGCAAUGGUUCACACCUGA